AUCGGCUGCAGCAUUAUUAUUAUUUUCCCCGCACUCGACGGUUGUACGCUCACCUGGCUGGAUGUGCUCCUUUAUUAGCACUGAUAACAUUUUUGCCCGACUGCCGCUAUUCUUCGGACCUUGGCUGCCAUUAUCUUUUCAAUGGACUAAUAUUGACUUGAUUGCCGGCGGACGCAGUCAAGACCCGUGUAGUUUCUCUCGCGGAGAACCGCUCCGGCGUCCACGAUGGACGGGUACCAAAGCGAGAGGCAGCCGCUGCUCGGCGGCCAAACCACCUUCCAGUACAUGCGCCCCAGAGCCAGGCGAAUGGUCAUCAGACGCAUGUGGUCCAGGGUAUUGCUCGAACUGCGUGGCGGCUACUCCAGGGUGAACCAACGUUAUCUGCGGAAGGUGAAUCGCCCGAAGGACUUUGCGCCCAUAGAACGGAAGGACAGCAUAUUGUGGGCGAAAAUGCUGGCACAGUGCAGCAGUCCGUACACCACGGAAAGCCAGUUCACUCACGACAUGGCCAUCAAAGCCAUCGAAUCCGGCGGCCUUGCCGUUUUCUAAAAAAGACUAUAUUAUACCCCUUAAAGUUCCUGACUCUUCGUUCAUAAUACUUUGAGACUCUCUGUACAUAUAAAAACUAGGUUAUAAGUUGACGACUGAUCUUUGUAUUUGUAUUAUCGACUCA